CAUAUAUCGGGGCUCCCUAUGCUGUACGGCGCUUGCUGACCGCUGGGUAGCAAAACAACUUUGAAAACAAGUUGUUGUAUAUUGUUAGACAUAUAUCGUUACACACCAGAGAAACUUGACAUUAACAGGGAGCGGACAAAAUGCCUGCGGUGUCCAAAGGGGAUGGGAUGCGUGGCCUGGCCGUGUUCAUCUCUGACAUCAGGAACUGUAAAAGUAAAGAAGCAGAGAUUAAGAGGAUAAACAAAGAACUGGCCAACAUCCGCUCUAAAUUUAAAGGAGACAAGGCUCUAGACGGCUACAGCAAAAAAAAGUAUGUCUGCAAGCUGCUCUUCAUCUUCCUCCUGGGCCAUGACAUCGACUUCGGACACAUGGAGGCCGUCAACCUCCUCAGCUCCAACAAAUACACAGAGAAACAGAUAGGUUACCUGUUCAUCUCAGUGCUGGUGAACUCCAACAGCGACCUGAUCCGUCUCAUCAACAAUGGCAUUAAGAACGACCUGGGCAGCCGCAACCCCACCUUCAUGAACCUGGCUCUGCACUGCAUCGCCAACGUGGGCAGCAGAGAAAUGGCAGAGGCUUUCGCUGCAGAUAUUCCUCGCAUCUUAGUGGCAGGGGACACCAUGGACAGUGUGAAGCAGAGCGCAGCACUGUGUCUGCUACGACUGAACAGGACGUCUCCUGACCUGGUGCCUAUGGGUGAAUGGACGGCCCGAGUGGUCCAUCUGCUCAAUGAUCAGCACCUGGGAGUGGUAACAGCAGCCACCAGCCUCAUCACUACUCUGGCUCAGAAGAGUCCUGACGACUUCAAGACCUCCAUCUCACUGGCUAUAGCCAGGCUGAGCAGGAUUGUGACUUCAGCAUCCAUCGACCUCCAGGACUAUACAUACUACUUUGUAGCUGCACCCUGGCUAUCUGUGAAAUUGCUGCGUCUGCUACAGUGCUACCCUCCACCUGAGGACGCAGCGCUGAGAAGUCGACUAACAGAGUGUCUGGAGACCGUCCUCAAUAAAGCCCAGGAGCCGCCCAAGUCCAAGAAGGUCCAGCACUCCAAUGCAAAGAAUGCAGUUCUGUUUGAAGCCAUCUCCCUCAUCAUCCACCAUGACAGUGAGCCCACCCUGCUGGUCCGAGCCUGCAACCAGCUGGGUCAGUUUCUGCAGCACAGGGAGACCAACCUGCGUUAUCUGGCUCUGGAGAGCAUGUGCACACUGGCCAGCUCUGAGUUUUCUCACGAGGCAGUAAAGACACAUAUAGAAACUGUGAUCAACGCUCUGAAGACUGAGCGAGAUGUAAGCGUGCGUCAGCGGGCUGUGGAUCUGCUCUACGCCAUGUGUGACCGCAGCAACGCCAAGCAGAUAGUGGCAGAGAUGCUGAGCUACCUGGAGACGGCUGAUUACUCCAUCAGAGAGGAGAUAGUGCUCAAAGUGGCCAUCCUGGCAGAGAAGUACGCUGUGGACUACACCUGGUACGUGGACACCAUCCUCAACCUCAUCCGCAUCGCCGGGGACUACGUCAGUGAGGAGGUGUGGUACCGCGUCAUCCAGAUCGUCAUAAACAGAGAUGAUGUCCAAGGCUACGCUGCCAAGACUGUUUUUGAGGCACUACAGGCUCCCGCCUGCCAUGAGAACCUGGUUAAAGUGGGAGGUUACAUUCUGGGAGAAUUUGGUAACCUGAUUGCUGGAGACUCUCGCUCCAGCCCUCUGGUCCAGUUCAACCUCCUCCACUCCAAGUUCCACCUGUGCUCCGUGCCGACGCGGGCGCUCUUGCUGUCGGCCUACAUCAAGUUCAUUAACUUGUUUCCUGAGGUGAAGGCCACCAUCCAGGACGUCCUGCGCUCAGACAGCCAGCUCCGCAACGCUGACGUGGAGCUUCAGCAGAGAGCUGUUGAAUACCUGAGACUCAGCUGCAUCGCCAGCACUGAUAUACUGGCCACAGUCUUAGAAGAGAUGCCUCCGUUCCCAGAGAGAGAGUCCUCAAUUCUGGCCAAGCUGAAGAGGAAGAAGGGUCCGGGCCACUUGCCGGACAUCGACGACACCCGGCGGAACGUCAACGGCAACACAGAGCACAGCGAGACCACUGAAACCCCGGCCAAGUCUUCUCCUUCACUGAUGACAGAGCUUCUCCCCACCAACAGACCCCGCCCUGCCUCCUCUAGUCCCAUCAUGCUCUCUGCUGGGACCAUGAGUUCCUCCCACCCCUUCACAGACCUGAUGAAUCUGAACUCCACCCCGUCAGCAGGAGGAGGAGGAGGCAGCUUGUUGAUUGAUGUCUUUUCUGACAACUCCUCUCCUGCUUCCAUGGACGCGUCUGAGGAUAAUUUCUUCAGAUUCGUUUGCAAGAACAACGGCGUUCUCUAUGAAAACCAGCUCCUGCAGAUUGGACUCAAGUCUGAGUACAGACAGAAUCUGGGUCGUAUGUAUGUGUUCUUUGGCAACAAGACGUCGACCCAGUUCCUCAGCUUUGCCUCAGCAGUGGUCAGCCAGGACGAGCUCAAAACUCAGCUGAAUGUCCACGCUAAGACAGUAGAUCCCCUCAUAGAAGGUGGUGCUCAGGUCCAGCAGAUCCUCAACAUCGAGUGUGUGUCUGACUUCACAGACGCACCAGUGCUCAACAUCCAGUUCAGAUACGGUGGGGCUCUUCAGAACAUCGCAGUGAAGCUCCCUGUGAUGCUUAACAAGUUUUUCCAGCCCACUGAGAUGACAUCUCAAGACUUCUUCCAACGCUGGAAGCAGCUUGGAGCUCCUCAGCAGGAGGUUCAGAAAAUCUUCAAAGCCAAACAUUCGAUGGACACAGAGGUUACCAAGGCCAAGAUCUUGGGCUUUGGUGUAGCUCUGCUGGAUGGUGUGGAUCCCAAUCCUACAAACUUUGUAGGAGCAGGAGUCAUCCACACUAAGAGCACUCAGGUGGGCUGCCUCCUCAGACUGGAACCCAACACACAAGCAGAGAUGUACCGUCUCACCCUCCGGACCAGCAGGGAGUCAGUGUCUCAGAGACUGUGUGACCUCCUCUCUGAACAGUUCUAGACUGGACCCAGCACCAGCACCAGCAUUACUCCACAUUUACUCUCCUAGUCUCACUUUAGAUUGGAAUUGAUGUAUUUGUACAGUGUAAAUUCCUUUUUCUUUUUUUUUUUUAUUUGACUUACUACAUGUAAAUGAAAAGAAAUGUAUUUUUGGCACACAGCUUUACUAAUAUCGUCACUGCUUUAAACUGCCCUGUACUGUAUGUGAGUGAGUGAGUGAGUGUGUGU